GUCACAUGUCAACAAACAUGAGAGAAUGUUUAAAACUUUCAGGGAUUUGAACGACCUGCAUUUUGACAGCUAAUGUUUUCUUUGCGAUGAAUAAGGAAUGCGGAAUGACUGCAUAUAUGUGGAGUAAAAAAGGUGGAGAGGGAUGCACGGACAUAUAAUGAAUGUUCGGCCCAAGACACUUCACAUGUGCGUUCCUCAAGACCACAGAGUUUCAAUUCACUUUCGCAAAAGACUGAGUGGGAGUUAUGAGAUGUCUCGUGACAGGAGAAUACGUCACUACCAAAGGUUUCUGAAGACCCUGAAAAAGCCUGAAUCAAGCCGUUGUUCAUGCACCACCCACCUACACCCUCGUCCCUGGGUUCCACCUCCUUGUCGAAACCACACAACCUCUUCAGGCAGAUUCUUCACUACAGAAUAGACGAACUCAGUCCAACCCAGAACUAAUGACUAACACAGCAAACUUUUAUGAGGGAGGACCCCAUCCAGACUGGGAGUCAGACGAGGACAGCCGCCCCAGCCAGAGGCACCUGCGUAAGCUCUACAGGGAAGCUCGUGUCUUGAAGGAUGCACUGAAUCAUGUACGUCAAGGCAACCAGCUGUCCAAGGAUACACGUCAUAUUAUCAAGAAAUGGAGCAAAAGCAGAGAGCCAGAAUCUCCACCACGGAGAGAGGCCCCCAGUGUGGAGAAAGGGCAAAGGCCCACCAUAGAGAGUCAAGCAGAAAUGCUGGAGUCCCUCAACAGAAGUAUGUCUGAAGCCCAGCAGGAGGAAGAGGCCCUGCGACAAGAGCUGCAGAACCUCCGUCGCAUGGCAAAGAGCAGCUCAACCCUGGAGGAGGAAAACAAGAAACUGAAGAAAAAGAUUCACCAACUGCAUCGUCGCUUGAAGAGACAAGAGAAAGUACCAAGAGCAAGUCAUGAGAGCUUAGGUGCAGAGAGAGAGUUAGGAAGCAGAGACGAGUUUCUCAUUCUUUCACUGAAGAAGAAGUAUGAAGAUUUGCUUCAGUAUGUGCUAAAGGUAGAAGCAGAGAACCAGAAAUUGAAAAGUCUGACUGGGUUAUCAGGUGAUGGAGAAGGAAUGUUGAGAGACUCUGAUCGUGAAGAUGCUCAAUUUGGACCCCAUGUAGUGGCACGACUCCAUCAUGAGCUAGAGGCACUACGAGAAGAAGUUGCAAGAAAGGAUGGGCACAUAGUUGAAUACGAACAGCGCUUGCAAGCUAUGGAGUCGCUCAAGGAAGAGAACAUCACCCUGCACAAGACUCUGCGGGAUAUGUACAGUACGAAUCUCAAGCCGUCAGAUGAGAGACCCAUAACAGCAGCUGUAGAAGAGGAGUGGAUGAGGCGACUGGCAGAGACACGCGAGAUGUACGAACAGGUGGUUCAGGGCUAUAAGGAUAAAUUUGAGGAAAUGCGGGAGAACAUGAUUCAGUCAGAGGAAGCACAUGCCAGGCGGACUAGAGAACUCGAAGAUGAAGUUCUCAAACUCAAGAGAGACGUGUUGAUUUCAGAUGGCCGUAAAAGUAAUCAGAAGGACAGAAGUGAAAGUUCUGAAGGAAUAGAAUUUUCAGGAGUAGGAUAUGUUAAAGAGGAUGAGGCAGCUGGAGACAGACAAGGCAGGAGUCAAGGAAUUCAAAGAACAGAAGAAAGGGAAGUUUCAGGCACCAAUGGAGGAGAGGCAUUGUCUGAGAAAGGUGCUAGGCCUUGUCAUUAUGAUGGAUCUGAUACUGAUAAUCUCAAGAUGUCUGAAACCUCUAAGGGUCAGGACAGUCACAAGGUAUCAGCAAAGAAGCCUUCAGGUUCUGAGAAAAAAUCAGAAAGUGAUGAAACUCCAGACUCUGAUGACAUGAGAGGAGACAGGAGACAGAAGCCUCAACAAGAGGAAGAACUAAGGGAGAGAAGCAAGGAAAAGUGUCCUUCAUGUGCUGCACAUGACCAAUUGACAGAAACACAAAAAUAUGUUGACACACUAAACUCUCUGGUUGAGAGAAUGGAAAAAGUGAACCUUGGUGGUGAAGGGGCAGAUAGCACACUCUCUGUGAUCAGAGAAGCCAUCACCUCCAGCUUACAGGAAUGGAGAGACGGCUUCCAACAUCAGCAACAGCAACCCCAGCAGGAGAGAGAAAUCCCUGGACUGAUGAAGGAAUAUGAAGAACUCCAGAAGAGAAUGAGGUCAAGGCAAAAGAAAUUGGAAUCUCAGCAGAAGCAAGUCAAGGAGCUAGAGAGUCAGAAUAUGAAACUGACUCAUAGAUGUACCCAGCUUGAAAGUCAGAUAAAAGAUUUGCAGGCAGGGGACAAAUUUAACCUGCUGCAAGAUCUUCCGCAAACAUUACAUGAGACAGAGCAGAAGUUGGGUGAGGCACAGCUAGCUCUACAAAAUGCUAUGGCAGAAAGACAGUUACUAGAGGAUCAAGUUCUUCAGCUUGGAGAGAAGCUCAACAAGAAGGAAAGUAAGCUUAAGAAUGAGCGUGAACAAAAUUCACAGAAGGAGAAAGAUAUGACUGAAAUAAAAGAGAAAUUAGGAGAGGCAAGGAGACAGGCUGAAGACAUGUCACAGGAAGCAGGGCGCUUGCAAGACCAGCUGGUAACCAAGAAUGCCCUUCUAGAGCGUACUUCGGUUCAGCUGGAAGAAAGAAUCCGUGAGUGUGCAGGAUUAUCCUCACAGGUGGAGCGUCUGAGGCAGGAGCGGAGCCAGGAGUGGGAAAAGAUCCAGAGCCAAAUAACUGAACGUGACAGUGCCACUACCAAGCAGUAUGUGGAUGCACAGGCUCAGGCAGCACGCUACCAGGCACAGCUCUCAGCAAUGCGAUCUGAGAAGGAGCAAGCUGAGAAAUCCCUUCGCCACCACAUACGUAAAUUGGAGGAACAGUUAGAUCAUCUACAGCUUAGGAAUUCUACCCUGCAGCGUCAGCUCUCCACCAUCACUAGUACUUACCAUAAUAUGUUUUCUUCUGUAGAUCUGCAUCCAGCCAUCUUCACCUGGCCUUGGUGGCACACCUGGCUUGAAAGAUCCAUAGAUAGCAUCUGACUCAAUGGCAAACAAAGUAGCUCAUGAUUACCAGAUCAGCAUUCCAGAACCCAUUUUAGGGGGGAAAGAGCAUUCUGAAAUUGUGAUUAUCAUAAUUCUUUUGCUUGCCCUUCAACAUGCUAUUGCCACAUCACAUCCUUUUAGCAUCCAAUUACUAAUUUGAGAUGCACCAUACAGCAUAGGUCUGAAUGUCACACCUUGGUCUUACAUUGACAGAAAGUUCUCAUACCCAACUUUUGUACCUUUAAUUGAACUAGCUCAUCCAGCUUUUAUACUACCAUACCCUACCUUUGACCUUUUCUUUUAUGCUGCCAUAUCCUGCCAUCAUACCAUCACUUUUAUUUCUGUAUUCUGCCUUCAAUGUCAUUUAUAUAUAUAUGCUACUGCCAUGUAAUGUCUUCAUGUCAGGUAUUCAUACUGCUAUACCUUGCUUUCAUAGCAUUCAAUUAUAUUACCAUACCCUGCCUCCAUGCUCUCUAUUUCUACUCUCAUACCCAGACUUUAUAUUCAUUUAUACUACCAUACAAGGCCUUUCCACCAUUCAUUUUUACUACCACAACAAGUCCUCAUACCUUUCACUUACACUGCCUUCACAUCAUCCUUUUACACUGCCAUACCAGGCUUUGACAUCUUUUGUCAGAAGUAAAGUACUCUGGUUUCAUACAAUUCCUCUGUGUCAUCCUAGGGCAAGCCUGGUACAAGAUAACAUUCCUGCCACAACAUAGUCAGUGUGUAGUUUGUAAUUUUAGGUAUAUCAAGAUUGUUAUUAUUUUUAUGAUAGAAGUUGUAUGGUUAUGAAAGCUUUACAGAUAUGCAUAUAGAUGUAACUCCCA